AUGGCUACGGAAGGCAUGAAUAUCACAGAAGAGGCAGAAAUGGCGGAAUGCGACGGGGACAAAGUCGUUACGAUGAUGGAUGUCUUACAAGAACAACAAGAUUUUGAAGAGGAUGCUAACGCUGUCCUGGGAGCUUCCGACGAUAAGAAUUGUACUUAUUUAAAGGGCUAUAUCAAGAGGCAGGCCAUCUAUGCUUGCCUGACUUGCUGUCCAGACGUGAAAACAGACCCCACCAAGCGAGCCGGAGUGUGCCUGGCAUGCAGUUUAACUUGUCACGAAAACCAUGAACUUGUUGAACUUUACACCAAAAGAAACUUCCGUUGUGAUUGUGGUAACCCUAAGUUUAAUUCCAACCCCUGUCAAUUCACUUCUAACAAAACCGACUUGAAUAAUGAAAAUAUUUACAAUCAGAAUUUUAGUGGACUUUACUGUACAUGUCAAAGGCCUUACCCUGAUCCGGAAGCCACUUUUGAAGAUGACAUGAUCCAGUGCAUUGUUUGUGAAGACUGGCUACAUGCAUCUCAUUUGGAUGCUGUAGUUCCUGCCAAUGAUCAGUAUUCAGAAAUGAUCUGCAAAGCAUGUAUGAGUAAAAAUGACUUCUUGCAUGAUUAUAGUAACUUAGCUGUUAAUGUUGAAAUUGUUGAUAUUUUGACAGUUAAUGGUGAUGUAGCAAAAGCAUUCACAAAUAAUGAAGAUAAAGCACUUAUUUUAAAUGGAGAUGUAGAUAUGACAGAUGAAAAAGAUAACAAUUCUGCAAAAAAUGAAUCUGUUGAUAAAUAUGAUGAGUGUACAGCUCCUCAAGAAAAAACCAAAACAAGUGAAGAGGAAGAAACCAUACCAACAGACGCUACAUUAAAAGACAAAACAGAUGACAACAUGCAUACUGAUAGUAAUAACCAGGAACCUGACUCUACAGAAACUAAAGAAACUGCACAAGACGACUUAAUACCCGAAAAAGGAAUUCAGGAAGAAAAUGAAAAAGCUUCUGAUGCUUCUACAGAUAAUAAAAUGGAAAGUACAAACGAAAGCAGUGAAACAGUCAAUGAGCAAAGAGAAACAGAUGAACAAAUGUCCAAUGACGUAAUAGCCGAUAGUGAAAAUAGUGAUAAAAAUAAAACAGAACAUCAGCUUCUAGAUGAUAUUAAGACAUCAACAUCUGAUAGUCUUUUAGAAGAAUCCUCGACUGCAGUGGAGUGUGACAAAGUAGAAAAAAUUUCAGAGUGCUUGGAGAAAGCAGAAGACAGUAUUAGUGCAGAUAAUAGCAAUGACAAAAGUGAGGGAUCUCCCUCAGAACAAACAAAUGUCGGUUCUGAGGCAGAAAGUGGACCUGAAUCUGGAAAUAUUAAAGUUUCUGAUGCUUCACAAGAGUCAUUGGCAAAAGAAAAUGUGGACGAUAAAACUGACGCAGUUAUGGACGCUAUUGAUGCUUUGUUAGAAGGUAACGCUCCAGCAAAAGACUCUGAAUCUAAAGAAGCUAAUGAUGAAUUGCAAGCAAAUGAACUAACUCAAGGAGCGAAUGACUUAGAAGUGUGUGAAAAGCCAACAAAGCAAAAUAACACCGCCACAAAAGAUUCUGAAUCUAAAGAGACUAAUGAUGAAUUACAAGCAAAUAAAGUAACCCAAGAAGCGAAUGACGUAGAAAUAAAUAAACAUGAGAGCAUAGAGAGCUCAACCACUGAUAGCAAAGAGAAAGCUGAUGCAGAUGUGGAAAUGAAAGAUGGUUCAAGUCAAAAUGAACAUUCGAACAAUGAAAAUAAAGAGACUCUAGUUGACUCUGAAAAUAAUAAAUCUGUAAGUGUUGACACUACUGAAAUAACGAAUGCAGAAAAUAAAACUACAAGUAAAUCUCUCAUAGAUACAGCUGAAAAAUCUGUUGUAACAGAUACAGAUAAAUUAGUUAAUAGUGAUGUUAAUGAAGCUUUAAAUGAAACAGAUAUUACAAAUAAAGUGGAAAGCGAUGGAAGCAAGAAUGAUGAAGACAAUGUUUCUAACACGACUGGAAGUACAAAUGAGAAUAAAAGAAAACUUAGUAAUACAGAAGAAUCAUCUCCAAAGAAAGCCAAGUUGAACACAUCCAAGUGCGAGAGGCCUAAGGGCGUCAAGAAAGUUUACAAAGGCGCAACAUUUUGGCCAUCAAACUUUCGGCAAAAGCUUUGCACGUGUGGCGAAUGCAUAUCAAUGUAUAAAAACUUGAAUGUGCUGUUUUUAACUGACUUGGAAGAUACAGUGUCGUACUAUGAGAGUUUAGGGAAAGAGAAUAUAGAUGGAAUCGUAUCACAAUAUGAGAAAGGGCUUCAAGCGCUUUCUUCUUUAGACAGAAUACAGCAAAUAAACGCCUUAACCGAGUACAAUAAAAUGAGAGAUAAGUUGUUAGAUUUCCUAAAGAGUUUUAAAGAUAGAAAAGAAGUAGUUAAAGAAGAGGAUAUUAAAGCUUUCUUCGCCGGUAUGAAGCCGAGACGGGAGCCUGACGGAGUAUAUUUUUGCAGAUAA